CAAGUGAGGCUGGCAGUGGUACCAGAGGGUGUUGAUGUUCUGGUGUUGUCCACUUCUGUGACCACUAUGGAGGUAAUUAUGACCUUGAAAGUGGAUGACAGGCACUUCAUUCAAGGGCUAUGGUGUAAUCUCCUCAGGUGUGCCAUGCUGUGGUGCUAACUGGUGCGAAGCAAGCAAAUCAACACGUUACUCAAGAAAUCUGGCAUAGUUUACAUCCGUCUUGGUCUACGUAAGGUUAGCGCAGCAACAGGCAUCCAUUCAGCCCUCUCUCCCACGCCGAGCCCCGCGGUCACUUUAAAUCCACCUCCACCUCACGCCAUGGCUGCCGCACUCUCCCGAAGCUGGUCCUUCUUCAGCGGCAACCAAAAGGUCCCAAGUAAGGACUACCUCGGCCAGGACUACCAGCCGGGGACACCAAGCAGCCGCGUCAACCUGCAAGAGAGGUUCAGAGGCGGCAGCGGCGAGGGUAAAGGGUGGCGCACGGGCCCCCUCCCGCCUAUCCCAGCGCCCACGCCUCCACACACCCACGGGAGUGAGUCGGCACAGCACACAGAACCAACACAUCCCACUGAGAACCACCAACCACCACAGCCUCCUCAUGACCAAGAUAGCUGUCCUGACCAGAAGGAGAACCAGGAGAAUGCACAGCCUUCAUACCCUCAAUGCCAGUGGGAUCAUGUGGCCUCCUGUGGUGCCAAGCCAGGCGACCAACCUAACCCCUCAGGUGCACGCUAUCCUACCAGGUCCCUCCGGAAGCUGCCCUCAGGUGUGGCACCACUGUGGAACAACCUGCAGGGCAAUGUAAAGCAACUCAAGCCCCAGACCAGUAAGAUUUUACAUGAGGGUGGCAAGAAAAUGAACAAGGCGCUACAGGGAGUCAGGACCUCACUCUCCUCUCUGUCACAGAUGUUCCGGAGUUCCACCCGCCGCAGAUACAAGCUGGACGGAGGCACCCCAACACGCACCCCACGCAGGACUCCGCGCCGCACCCCUGGCAAGCUGUACUCACCCUUCAACAUGAGCACCCCACCAACCCCCUUCAGCUACAAGACAGCCAAGAGACUCCAGAAUGGACAAAAUGUAGUUCCAAAAAGAAACUUGCAUGGGACUGAGAACCCUGGGCUGCUGCGCACACCCCAGCAACGCACACAGUGGGCUCAGUUCAGUUCCCCCUCCCGGUCCUUGCAGCGAGACACAGCGGCCAUGAGCCACGGCCUGAGGGAGCUGGAGCAAAUCACUAGUGGCAUUCUUCAAAGUGGGAGGGGAAGGUGGACACAGUUCCGCUGAGUGUGUCUGCUCAUGAUGAUUUAAGCCGUCUUGCUUUCCUGUCGUUGAGGUAUCUUCAUUUUCUGUCAUUUUCAUUAUGUUUUUUAGUAUUUAAGUUUGAUGUUGAGCUCUUAUUUGGAUAUUAUGUUGCAGUAUACAUUCUCUAAGAUAACAAUCCAGCAGCAUACUAGAUGGAGGGAUGAAUCUGAAUGCCUUUUUGCUUGUUGCUGUAAGCAAGUAUGAAGGGAAAAAUCUCAAAUUGAGGAUCUGUAUAAUGAAAUUUUUAUCUACCUAAGCAUAUGUCUUAUUAUUACUGAGGAUACAGUUGGGAUUUGAACACUGAAAAAAUCUUAGCCCACCCAAGCAUUCAAAAGCAAUUGUUAUAUGAUCAGUGUGUAGAUCUGUUUUAAUGAUUUGUUGCCAUCUCAUUUGUCUAUAUAGGUACUUUUCCAUCUGUCCUCUUCUGAUGUGAUUGUCACUAUCAUAUAUUGAUUAAAUGACAUUAUUACAGAUAUAGUGAUGCUUAAGGUAAAUUUUAUUACAUAAUGUUUUGCACGUGUGUGUCAGAACUCCAUUAUUUUUGCAUUAUUUAAUUGUGGUCAUUGUGACUGUCUUCCUUGAUCAGAUCACGUGAGGAACAGUGUGGGAAGUUUGCUCAAGUGUACUAACCGACCCAGCGCCACAUGACUUGUGGUGCUUUAGAAAUCAUUCAUUCAUUUGUUCACUAAGUGAUUUAAUUAUUUUCGUCUCAUUUCCUUAUACAUAUCUUCACCUAAAGUCAUUCACUGUCUAGUCUUUAUGUCUUACUUUUGUAGAGAUGACCAUGACAAAAUUGUUUCAUUUUAUGAAAGAUUGUUCCUUAUGUUACCAUUUGCUAGUUCUUUUCUUUUUAUUUACUUCAUUGUACCUUUUACUUUUACUUUUGUUACCAUUUAUUUGUACCUUUAUCUGACAUUUAAGUACCUGUUCAGUCCAAAACAACAAUCCUUCAGUAAUUGAAAAAUUCCAGGCACCUACUUAAUUUGGGUAGAAAUAUGAUAAUGUUUAACUGCCACUGCCAAAGGUAAACUUAAUAAUGAUUAUAGAUUAAGUACUGCAGACCCUUUGCCUAAUACAUGAGUUCUUGAUCUUGUCAUGCAUGUUUUCAAGGCUGAUGCCUUGGAUGCCAAAUAAUGUUCUGAUAAACCUGUCCUCUGUCAACACUAUCACAAGUUGAACUAUUACAACAAGAAGAUUCAUGCAAUUCCAAAUUGUGUCCCUCAUUUUUGCAAAUUUUCCCCAUUUGUAUAGUUAUGGAUUUCCUGAUUUUGUAAUUUUGUGUUUGGCAAGGGUUGACUGUUCAAGCUGCAUCUCAUUACAGAUGGUGCUCCUUAAAAAUUUAUUUCCAUAGAUAUUUUGAUGGCAUCUAACUUUCACCUCCCCCAAAAUGAACAUGUAUGAAUAUCUUUUGUGUUGUAUUGAAGGGUUGAAAAUAUGAAAAAAAAAGAAAAAAAAGUAACAUUUGACACUUUUUUUUCAUAUAUAUUUUUUUAGUGAUAUUAAAAGAGAUUGUGUGAUGGCAUCAGCCUGAUGCACCACCUCGAGUGUAUAAUUCCUUAUUCUUUCCUUAUGAUGGAGGCUGAGUUAGUGUAAUGAUAAUUGAAUUCCUGGGCAGCUUUAAUAUAAUGUUCCUAGAAUCAAAUUAUAUGAUGUGCCAAGUCCCUGACUGUAAUGGAUUAUGACUAGUAUGCACAAAAUAUAUCUAUAAACUACAAAUCUCA